AUGGGAGAAAACAUUGGUCAUCUUCAUCAAAACCAUGCCGAAAAAGAAGUAGAAGAAGAAGAAGAAGCAUUUUCUCUUCGUGACUUUCCCUUAGAUUCAUAUGCCAAGAACAACCCGGGCCUAACUCGGAGAUCAUCAUCCGAGUCAGCCCCUGAGUUCUUCGAGUUCCUCAGCGAUCUCACCUACGACAUGUGCCCGGCCGACGACAUAAUCUUCUGCGGCAAACUCAUCCCGCUGAACCAACAACAACAAAUUCCCUUCGAAGAAAACAAAAUCAAGAACAACGUUCUACGCAAACGAUCCGAGUCAUUCUCCGAGUUACGCAGCGAAUCUGCAACUCGCUCCGACAGCACCAAAGAGCACACCAAAUGCCUCAGAAACAGCCGUUCGUUGGAUUAUAAAAAGCUCCGCCGUUAUGACAUGGAGAGGAACCCUUCGAAAAGAAGCGCCAGAAAAUCCGACAUCUCGGCGAUGAAAGUUAAUAAGCGGAGGUGGUAUGUUUUGAUGCUCGGAAUGGUUAAGUUUCCGCCGGAAAUGGAGCUUAAGGAUAUCAAAAGCCGGCAAUUCCGUCGGAAUCAAUCGGUUAUGUUUCCGAAGGUGGAAGAUUACGGGAAGAAAGUUUCUGGUGACCGGACCUCCGGCAAGGGCCAAGGUACACCGAGCACAAAUCAGACCCCAAAUUACAAACAGUGCACGUCAUCCAUGUUGAUUUCCAAGUUUGAGCAUGUUACGAGCAUAUUUGGAUGA